UUAACAGAACGUGAACUCCACACUGUUGAGCAAACUCCAAAAGCUAACUACCACAAGCUAACCUGUUGUUAGCCACGGAUGGGCGUGGCAAAAUCUCUGCAUAUUUUUAAGGUGUGUUUUUUUUUUUUAAUGUUAAGCCCAUUUUUGUGUUUUUUUUUUUUAACUGACAGCCCGACAGAGCUCUGUGGAGGCAAAGGUAUGGCUGUUUGAGCUGAGAAAUUCAAAAACACUCAAGAAAACAGGAUAUCAACCCAAAAAACAACCGUCAUGAGGGAGAAAAAAACAACAGUGAUCAUUAAAGUGCAUCCCUGGGUGUGUACCUACCCCCGUCCCUUCCCUUCCCUCCCCAUGUUGACCCAUUGAGGUGAGUCAACGAGAGCAACCCCAAAGGCAGCCAGAGAACCUCUGCUACAUGGAGCACACUGCUGCUCAAAGGACCACACUGAGGAACAGUCCAGAAAUCCAGUGGCAGUACUUUCAUGGAAAAAAAGGAGAGAGAAGAAAAAAAAUACUAAAACAGUUAUAAUACACAGAUAAAAACACGGUGAUCGGAAAUCAUCCUUCCCACUUGGCAUUGAGGUUUCCAUUUCUCGGUAUCGUCAAAUAAACGGUGACUGUUGACAGAAGAGAGGCAUGCUGGGACCAUGACCUCUGUCCUCUACCCACUGUCCUUGUUUGCUAAUGAAAUGGCAGUGGGACGUGGUGAGAAGGUCCAGCAUCAUCAUGGGCACACGUGGUUUGGUAUCGUCUCUCACAGUGUCUCUUGUUCGGCAGAUGGCGCCACAUACACCAGUGGGUUGCAACCAUUUCUGAACCACAGCUUGACACAACCCUAAUAUACACGCAGGAACUGAAGAAAGACGCAAUCAAGAUCUUCUUAAACAGUGAUAUCCAGGAGGUUUACGCUGAGGCCUUUGCUGGAAAUAGAAACUCUGGCCUGGACGUCAAGGUUGAGGAGUUUUUUCCUCUUCUUCUGUGACCGACACCGUGGCUGCCGAAGCUGCUGCAGAGGGAAGACAAGUCUUCACUGCUCACUUUCACUGAGGGAAGUGCGACGAGGAGGAGAGAGGACGUGGAGAAGGAGAGCGACUGAUUGACGGAGGAGACUAAGUGGCCUACAUCUGUCGCCCGUGGGCAGAAGUGGAAGAUAAGUUGGGCUUAAGAGAGACAACGACAACGUAGGAGGAGGGGCAACACCCACUGGAGGACCACCGAGAGCAGACAGUUUUUCCAGGGGAAACAGGACAGGAUGAGGUACCAAGGCAGGGAGGUUGAUGUUCAGGGACGAGUGCGUCUGGUGAUGGAGAGCGCUCUGACUGCACGGGACCGGGUCGGGGUGCAGGACUUUGUCCUGCUGGAAAAUUACAACAGUGAAGCGGCUUUCAUAGAGAACCUGAGACGACGCUUCAAAGAGAACCUCAUCUAUACCUACAUCGGCUCCGUGUUGGUGUCGGUGAAUCCGUACAAAGACCUGGAGAUUUACUCCAAGCAGCAGAUGGAACGUUACAGAGGAGUCAGCUUCUACGAGAUCUCACCUCACAUCUACGCGUUGUCAGACAACGCCUACCGAGCGAUGAGGACGGAGAGGAAAGACCAGUGUAUUCUGAUCUCAGGUGAGAGUGGAGCAGGUAAAACAGAAGCUUCCAAGAAGAUCCUCCUCUACUAUGCCGUCACCUGCCCCGCCAACGAUCACAUGGCUGCCCUGGGUGAACAGCUGCUGCAGUCCAACCCUGUCCUGGAGGCCUUUGGGAACGCCAAAACAUUGAGGAAUGACAACUCCAGUCGCUUCGGAAAAUACAUGGACGUCCAGUUUGACUUCAGGGGGGCACCGGUGGGCGGUCACAUUUUGAACUACCUGCUGGAGAAAUCUCGAGUGGUUCACCAGAACCACGGUGAGAGGAACUUCCACAUCUUCUAUCAGCUGCUGGAUGGAGGCGACGACGACCUGCUCCACAAACUGGGGCUGGAGAGAAACCCGCAGAAGUUUCAGUAUCUGGUGAAGGGAAACUGCCCCAGAGUCAGCUCCAUCAGUGACAAGAACAACUGGAAGGUGGUGAUGAAGGCUCUGUCCGUGAUUGGCUUCACAGAGGAAGAGGUGCAGAAUUUACUUAAUGUCAUCGCCAGUGUUCUCCACCUGGGGAACACUCAGUUUGGAGAAGGAGAGGAGGGAGAAACUUUCAUCACCACUGAGACCCAGAUGCCAAAUCUGGCUGAGCUGCUGGGUGUUGAUGGCUCAGCUCUGGGGAACGCUCUCACUCACAAGAAGCUCACAGCCAAAGGAGAAGAGAUGAUCACUCCACUGAAUUUCGAACAGGCAGUGUCGGCCCGUGAUGCUUUAGCCAAGGCUGUGUACGGGCGCACCUUCACUUGGCUGGUGGAGAAGAUCAACCAGUCGUUGGCCCUGAAGGAGGAGAUCUACUACAGCACCAUGCCGUCUUCAGUUAUAGGACUUCUGGAUAUUUACGGCUUUGAAGUUCUACAGCACAACAGCUUCGAGCAGUUCUGCAUCAACUACUGCAACGAGAAGCUGCAGCAGCUGUUCAUCGAGCUCACACUGAGGUCUGAGCAGGAAGAGUACGAGACCGAAGGGAUUGCAUGGGAAACGGUUCAGUACUUUGACAACAAGAUCAUUUGUGACCUGAUUGAGGAGAAACACAAAGGCAUCAUCUCCAUUCUGGAUGAGGAGUGUCUGAGACCUGGAGAGACCUGCGACGUCUCCUUCCUAGAGAAGCUGGAGGACACCCUGGGGGGUCAUCCACAUUUUGUCACACACAAGUUGGCAAAUGGAAAAACCCGUCGGGUGAUGAACAGGGAGGAGUUCCGACUGCUGCACUAUGCCGGAGAGGUCAACUACAAUGUCAAUGGUUUCCUAGAGAAGAACAAUGAUCUGCUGAACAGGAACCUAAAAGAGGUCAUGUGUCAGUCGGACAACCAGAUUGUCAGUCAGUGUUUCCGCAGAGAAGAGGUGAUGGACCAGAAACGACCUGAGAUGGCUGCCACACAGUUUAAAAACAGCCUGAUGAAACUGAUGGAGAUCCUCAUGUCUAAAGAACCCUCCUACGUACGCUGCAUCAAACCCAACGACGGGAAGCAAGCUGGAAAGUUUGAUGAAGUCCUUGUCAGACACCAGGUAAAGUACCUGGGUCUGAUGGAAAACCUGCGAGUCAGAAGAGCUGGAUUUGCGUAUCGACGUCGCUUUGAAGCCUUCCUGCAGAGGUAUAAACCCCUGUGUCCCGACACGUGGCCCAAUUGGCACGGCAGGCUGGCUGAUGGUGUGUCCCUGCUGGUCAACCACCUGGGCUACAAACCGGAGGAGUACAAACUGGGCAGAUCGAAAAUCUUCAUCCGUUUCCCAAGAACUCUCUUCAACACUGAGGAUGCACUGGAAGCGAAGAAGCCCGAGAUCGCUUUGACUCUGCAGACGUGUUGGCGAGGCUACAGGGAGAGAUCCAAGUACCAGCGCAUCAGGCGUGCAGUGAUAGUGAUCCAGUCUGCGUGGCGAGGGAUGAAAGCACGCAGGAGGGCAAGGAGGCGUCGGCAGGCUGCUGAUUUAAUCCGCAGGUUCAUAAAAGGCUUCAUCUACCGUCACGAGGAGUACUGCCCUGAGAAUGAGUACUUCCUGGAUCAUAUUCGCUACUCCUUCCUGAAGAACCUCAUCAAAAACCUGCCUAAGAGUGUGCUGGACAAAAGCUGGCCCACGCCCCCACCAUUGCUCUAUGAGGCCUCCGAAUACCUGCGGGUGCUGCACAUGAGAAACAUGGUUGUGAAGUACUGCAUGAGAGUACAGCCCGAGUGGAAGAAACAGAUGGUGCAGAAGGUCGUCGCAAGUGAGAUCUUCAAAGAUCAGAAAGACAGCUACCCUCAGAGUGUGGGGCGACUGUUCCUGGACACACGGCUCGAACGUGAACAAAUCAAUCUGAAGGUCACCCAGACUCUUGGAAGUGAAAAAGUCCAGUACGGUGCCUCCGUCACAAAGUACGACAGAAGAGGUUUCAAACCCCGGCCCCGUCAGCUGCUCCUGUGUAACACCUUUGCUGUGCUGGUGGACAGAACCAAGAUCAAGCAGAAGUUCGACUACAUGGCUCUAAAAGGUAUCUCCUUGAGCUCGCUCAGUGAUGGGAUGUUUGUUCUGCACAUGCCUGUUUCAGACAAAAAGCAGAAGGGUGAUGCUGUGCUACAGUGCAACAAUGCGAUAGAACUGGUGACUAAAGUGGCCAUGAUGGCCGACAAGAUGGACCACGUCAACAUCUGCCCCGGCAGCAUCAAGUUUGUAAUGAGUCGCGGCAAAGAGGGAAUCAUUGAUUUCAUCAGAGGCUCGGAGAUGAAGGUGUCGAAAGGCAGGAGGGGACAUCUGCUCGUGACCGUCCCACGCACCAGCACCACGUGAAUUCACAG